CUCCUCGGGGAAAGGGCGGGGCGGAGGUGGAGCACCGCCCGGAGUCCUCCAGGAGGUGACGGAGGGUACCGUCUCGUUGGUGGGCGCGGCGGCGCUCUGCGCGUCGCCUCGGCUCGCCUCGCCGGGGCGGCCGCCAUGGAGGCGGCGGGCGUGGUGUCGCUGUGGGUGAAGACGGAGCCGUUCCUGCUGGGGGCCCUGCGGGCGCCGCCGCCCGCCAAGCUGGGCCGCCACUACCUGCGCAAGAUGGCGGCGUACGCGCGGGCGCGGGCCGCCGAGGGCUGCUUCCCGCGCCUGGCCUGGCCGCGCUGGCGCCACAUCGCCUGCGGGAAGCUGCAGCUGGGCCGCGGCCUGGCCUGGCUCUACUUCGAGCUCUUCGACAGCCUGGCCCGGCGCGACCCGCCGCGCCGCCUCGAGUGGGCCGAGGCGGAGGCGGCCUGCGCCGGCGCCGAGGAGCUGGAGCGGGAGCGCAGCAAGUUGUCAGUAGACACCCUGCAGUUCCUGCUGUUCUUGUACAUCCAGCAGCUGAACAAAGUUUCUCUGAGAACGUCCCUGAUUGGCGAAGAGUGGCCCAGCCCCAGGACCAAGUCUCCCAACUUGACGGGGAAAUCUGCCAGUCAGAAUAAGAACUGGAAUGAUCAGGACCACCAAGCCUUCGUGCAGAGCCACCUCUCGGAUAUGCUGGAACUGCUGCUGGAGCCAGACCAGCUCGCUGCCUCGUCCCAUUCUGCUCACAGUAGUUUGGUCUCCUACGAAGCUGUUUGUGCCCUCAGCUUUCUUAUUGAAGGGACUGUGAACAAAUCUAGGACUGUCCAUCCUCUGCACGAGCUUGCCCUCUGGCAGCCCUUUUACGGGAAAAAUGGCUACUCAAAGAUCUCCAAAGCCUUCUCUUUCACCAAGCUAGAGAGCUGGAUACGGUCUUGCCUGACGACAAACCCCUUUGGAAUGACUGCGUGCCUCAAGUCUGGGAAGAAGCUUGCCUGGGCACAGCAAGUUGAAGGAACAACCAGAAGAGCAAAGAUUGCCUGCAAUACUCGUGUCGUCCCUGAGGUGUUCCCCAUGGUGGUAAUGAGCCAGGUGUACAAACAGACAUUGGCCAAGAGCUCAGACACCUUGGUGGGGGCUCACGUAAGAAUUCAUCGCUGCAAUGAGUCUUUUAUUUAUCUCCUGUCUCCUCUCCGAUCUGUGACCAUUGAGAAGUGCCGGAAUAGCACGUUUGUCCUCGGCCCUGUGCAGACAUCUGUUCAUGUCCACAGCUGUGACAAUGUCAAGGUCAUUACUGUUUGCCAUCGUUUGUCUCUCUCUUCCACCACUGGUUGUACUUUUUACAUUCUCACACCUACCCAGCCUCUUAUCCUCUCGGGUAACCAAGCAGUCAGCUUUGCUCCUUUCCACACCCAUUAUCCAAUGCUCGAAGACCACAUGGCUCAGGUGGGCCUGGCCACUCUGCCGAACUACUGGGACAGUCCCAUGCUGUUGUGCAGAGAGAGCAGUGACACAAGCGUCUUCCGCCUCCUGCCGCCCUCGGAGUUCUACACCUUUGUAAUUCCUUUCGAGAUGGAAGGAGACACAACGGAAACGCCGGGGGGACUGCCCCGUGCGUACCAAAAGGCGCUGAGUCAGCGAGAGCAGAAGGUACAGAUCUGGCAGAAAACUGUGAAGGAGGCAGGCCUGACCAAACAUCAGAGGAAACAGUUCCAGAUGCUGGUGGAAAACAAAUUCUACGAAUGGCUGGUGCAAACAGGGAAUCGUCAGCAGCUGGAUAGCCUCGUCCCUCCUGCAGUAGGCUCUAAGCAGGCAGCAGGAUAGCAUCAUGUUGCUGUACUACUAAAGGAAAGGAAGGAGUUCUGGGAACAGACAGUGAUAUCCUGAAAACAGUUCUCAUUAACACUUUGCAGCCAUCCUAGCUGAAUACCCUUGAUGUGGAUUUGAUGCCCAGCCUCAGCAUGGAUUGGACUUCUGGCUGGUUUAGGAUUUUUAAUCACUUUUGCUUUCCCAGGAAUGUGCUAUAACUAUUCUAUUGAUAACUGAGAAAGUGCACGUUACUAGAGGAUGAUGAACAAGUUUGCCUGCCCUUUGUUGCAGAUCCUGUAAUUGGGAGGCAAUCAUGGUCAGUGUCCUUGGUGUGCAUGUAUCCAGCACAGGAGCUCUGCCUGGUGUAAAGCUGGAUGUAGGGUCCUGCUGUCACUUGCAGCUCUAUGGUACAAGACAGCUGCACUGUUUUUAUAAAUGUGAAAAACAAUUGUUUGUUUUUUUAUGAAUGAAAUUCAAUAGAUUUUUUUAAAAUAUGAAGAUGGCACUUAGAUUUUGUGGCAUUACCUUUCAUAUAAGUUUGCUUUGUUUUGACAAAUGUCAAUAAAACAGAGUUCUCAGAUAA